AUGCGAUACCUUUUUGUGCUUUCCCUGGCCAUCCUGGCCGCUCUCGUUCCCCUGGCCACAGCGGCAUCCUCCACAUCGAGCACCAGCAGCUCCGGAAGCACCAGCAGCACGGAAGCCUCCACUACGGAGUCGGCAACCGAGACCACGACCGUGGCAGCCUCGACCACAUCUGCAUCGGCCUCGACCACAUCUGCAUCGGCCUCUGCAUCUACCAGACGGCCCCACCGUCACCAUGAUUGUGGCUGUGGAGGAGGCGGAAGAGGUCGCGACGAGGGCGGUCGCGGAAGAGGCAGGAGAGGACGUGAUGACGGCGAAAGGAGAGGUGGACGCAGGGGAGGCGGCGGACGAGGAGAGGACCGGCAGCGUGGUGGGCGCGGUGGCGGACGCUCCAAUGGAGGCAAUGCCCGCUCUCGUGGUAGCGGUGGUCGCUCCAGUGGACGCUCCAGCAGUCGUGGAUCUAACGCAAGGCGUAGCCAGAGAUCCAAUCGCGGUUAA